AUCCUUCCCUGCUGCUCUGUUGACCCGCUGCCCCUCGCCUCUGUCCCGGCUUGCUGAAUUGUGGAACACCGCUGGUCCGACCGCGUCCGUGGAGCUUUUUACCGCGAAGAUGAGUCCCGGGUUCCGGAGCUGGUCGCGGGUCUGGUCGUGUCUGCUGAGCCUGAGUGUUCUGACCCGGGCUCUGGAGCUGGAGGAGCUGUUUGAGUUCGGGGAAGGAGCCGGAGACCAGCAGCUGCAGCCCGGCUCCGACUCCACCGCCGAGCUGCGCCUCAACGCAUCUCUGUUCUUCUUCAGCGGAACCUUCGACAAAGUUUACAUUAACACCAAUGGGUUUGUGGCCGUUGUUGAACCUCCGGCUAUGGAGGAGUACCUUGGGAAGAUGCCCAGCAAUUUCAAAAUGAUUGCAGCCCUGCUGGGAGACCUGGACAACAGUGACGGACAGGGGAAGGUCCACUUCAGGCAGGAUGACAGCCCGGAUGUACUGAGUCGGGCCGCCGAGCACAUCAGGAGAGCUUUCCCUAGAGACGACGGCGUGGAGCCCAGCGGCGCCCUCAUUGUCACUUGGGAGAACAUGGCCGCCCAGGGGACGUCUGGACGAGGAGACGGGCUGGACGCUAAGAGAAACACUUUCCAGCUGGUUGUGGCCUUCAUGGAGUCGUCCUCCUGCGCCAUCCUCUUGUACCCGAGAGACGGCCUGCAGUUUCUCUCCACUUCAGUAAGGGGCGAGAGUAAGCUCCUAGAGGCUGGCUUCAACGAAGGCGAUGUUUCAGGCUGGUUCUGGAGAACCAAACAGGGGACUUACUUCCGCACCACCACAGAUGAAGAGACCUCCAUCAGGGAUCUCACUGAAAAGACAACUUCGGGACAGAAAGGAGUUUGGGUGUACGAGAUUGGCUCCUCACCGGUCUUUCUCGCCAUUACACCAGGAAUGGUGUCUAGCCUACCAGAGGAAGAGGAGGAGGCCACAGAACCUCCUGUCACCAUGUUGCAAAGGCAACCCGAUGAGCAACAGAAGGGGGACUUCACAACCUACAAACCUCUGGUGGUACCAGACGGAACAGAGGGGUACCCCACUGAGACUCCCUCUGAGUAUCAACCCACUUACCCAGAAGCUGAGACCAUCACGGCAGGGUAUGCCGAACCGGGGACUAAAGAGCCAGAAUACCCUGAAUCUGUGACAGUCCCGCCAACAUACACCGACCCUCAACCAAGGUACCCUGACACACCUGAGCCGAGAUACUCUGGCCAAACCGAGACCGGAUACCCGGUCUCCGAGCCUUUGCAACCAAGAUACACCAUACCUGAAACCACUGAGCCUAGAUACUCUCCAAAUGAGCGGCGGUUCCCUGUCCCUGAUCCAGUUCAACCACGGUACACCAACCCUGAACCAGUCCAACCAGUGCCACCCUAUUCCCAGCCCCAUCAACCCCAGAUCGUAGUGGUAGACGAAGACGAAGAUCUCAAUGUCAACGUAUUUGCAUACAAUUUGGAGACGUGUGCCCACAACAGGCACAAAUGCUCGCCGUUUGCUGACUGUCGGGAUUACAGCAACGGGUACUGCUGCCAUUGUAGGCCUGGUUUUUAUGGUAACGGGAAGGACUGUGUCGCAGAAGGAAAACCACAGAGAAUGAAUGGAAAGGUAAACGGUCGAGUGUUCGUUGGGAACUCGCCUUCCCCCGUGGAGCUCAGUAACCACGACUUGCACUCGUACGUGGUAGCCAAUGACGGACGGGCCUACGUGGCUAUCAGCAACAUCCCUGACAGCGUGGGCCCCUCCCUACAGCCGCUGUCCUCCAUGGGAGGAGUCAUCGGCUGGGCCUUUGCCCUGGAGCAGCCCGGCUACCAGAACGGCUUCAGUCUCAUUGGCGGUGUGUUUUCCCGGCAGGCCGAGGUGAUCUUCCAGCCCGGUAACGAGCGUCUGAGCAUCAAACAGCAGUUUAAAGGAAUCGACGAACACGACCACCUGGUGGUGAGCACCCAGCUGGAGGGACGUCUACCCGCCAUCGAGCUGGGAUCCUCCGUCCAGAUCAACCCGUACAAGGAGAUCUACCAGUACGACAGAAACUUGAUCACUUCCUCCUCCAACCGCGACUACACAGUCACCUCCCCUCAUGGUGGCCUCCAGACCAGGAGCUACCAAUGGCGUCAGACGAUCACCUUCCAGAGCUGCCCGCAUGACGAGGCCACCAGGGCGGCGCCAUCCACCCAACAGCUCAGCGUGGACCAGAUCUUUGUGAUGUUCGAUGCCAGCAACCAUCUGAUCCGCUACGCCAUGAGCAACAAGAUCGGCUCCGUCCACAGCGGCCUUCCAGAGCAGAACCCAUGUUUCACCGGCAGACACAGCUGUGAUAUCAACGCGGCGUGCAGACCGGGCGAAGGCCUCCAGUUCACCUGUGAAUGUACCAAUGGUUUCGCCGGAGACGGACGCUACUGCCACGACAUUGACGAGUGCAGAGAGACUCCUCAGGUCUGCGGAUCCAACACCGUUUGCAGUAAUCAGCCUGGAACUUUCCGCUGCGAGUGUUCAAGCGGCUUCGUGUUCGCCAGCGACGGAAAGACCUGCAUCGAGGAGGACCGCCCGGUGGAUCACUGUCAGAGAGGAAGUCACGACUGUGACGCUCCUGAACGAGCUCUGUGCAGCUACACCGGAGGCUCGGCCUUCGUCUGCUCCUGCCUGCCGGGCUUCAUGGGAGACGGCCGGGUGUGUCGGGACAUAGAUGAGUGUCAGCAGGACCGAUGUCACCGCGACGCCUUCUGCUCCAACACGCAGGGCUCCUUCUCCUGCCAGUGCCACCCUGGAUUCCACGGCGACGGCUUCCACUGCAGCCCCACAGAGCGAGAGAAGACCAGGUGUGAGAGUCACAGAGAGAGUGUCCAGACCGCCACCUCCACCUCCGGGUUUUUCUCCUUCUUCAGUCCUCGGCCGGCCGUCGGUCACUAUGUCCCUCAGUGUGACGAACAUGGAGCCUACCAGCCCACGCAGUGCCACGCCAGCAUCGGACAGUGCUGGUGUGUGGAUGCCAACGGCCAGGAGAUCCCCAACACCCGGACCGGACCCGGCAGCACUGCUCUAUGUAUUGACCAUGCAGUGACUCCUCCUCCGGUGGGUCCGACGCCGCGGCCCGACGUCCACCCUGUCACUGCGGGAACACACCUGCUAUUCGCUCAGAGCGGAAAGAUCGAACACGUCCCUCUGAACGGAUAUAACAUCACAAAGGAGGAGGCCAAACCUCUGCUGCACAUCCCCGACCGGGUGGUGAUCGCUGUGGCUUACGACUGCGUGGAGAAGAUGGUUUACUGGACCGACAUCACCGGGCCGGCCAUCAGCAGGGCCAGUCUGAGCGGAGGAGACAUCAUCCCAGUCGUAACCAAAGAUCUCCAGAGUCCUGAAGGCAUCGCCAUCGACCACGUGGCCCGUCUCCUCUUCUGGACCGACUCCAUGCGUGACACCGUGGAGGUUUCCAAGCUGGACGGGAGCCAGCGCCGAGUCCUGUUCGACACCGAUCUGAUCAACCCUCGACCCAUCGUCACAAACCCGGCGUACGGGCGGCUGUACUGGGCAGACUGGAACAGAGACGGGCCUAAAAUUGAGAUGUCCAACAUGGAUGGGACAGAUCGGACUGUCCUGGUGAAAGACGACCUGGGGCUCCCCAACGGUCUGACCUUUGACCUCGACAGCCAGCAGCUCUGCUGGGCCGACGCAGGUACCCGUAAGGUUGAGUGUAUGGAUCCUCACCGCAGGCUGAGGAGGACGAUCGUUGACGGGAUCCAGUAUCCCUUCGCCCUCGUCUCCUUUGGAAGAAACCUUUACUACACUGACUGGAGGAGGGAGGCGGUGGUCUCUGUGGACCGCCACUUGGAGAAAGAGAUGGGGGAGUUUCUGCCACAGAAACGCUCUCGGCUGUACGGCAUCACCACGACACCGACGCAGUGUCCACAAGCCUACAACUACUGCUCCAACAAUGGCGGCUGUUCUCACCUGUGCCUGCCGCGGCUCGGCGGGUUCACCUGCCGCUGCCCAGACGCCGCCACCGCUACCGCCACCACCGCCGGCCGCUGUGAGGAGAGGAACCUGUGAGGCAACGAUAACACUGCUGCUGCUUGGAGAGAAAAAAAACAAGACAAACUUAACUGAAUUUAUGGUGUUUUUCUACUUUUCUUACUUGAAUUGAACAUUUGUACGAUCAUUUCUACAGUUUUAGGUGUUUUUGGACCCUGAAAGCUGUUCACUGUAUUUAUGAUGUCACACUUCAGCAGGCCCAGCUUCCUCCUGUUAACUGUUGAAUUCAGACAUAGUUUAUAGUUUUAUAAUCUGACUCCAGGUUGUUUUAUACCAAAGUAACACUAACUCUGACACAGGGACGUUCUAAAAAGGCAGCAGGUGACCUAAAAACACUUUUUAUUUGAAAUGUUUCUGAACAAUGAACUUCAUGUUCAGAGUUUUUAUUGUAUUUUAAAAAGUAGUUGCUCCUUAUUGAUUUCUAUAGAUGUGGUCUGAAAGGUAAAAACAAUCAGGUGUUAUUCUAGCAACCAAAUACUUGUGGGAAGCAGGUUCCCACAGGGGAAAAGUGCCUUAAAUAUUCCUGAAAAUGACAUUUUUGUUCUGCAGAAAAACCAGUGAGAGCUUUUGUGAUCAGUCAUCUCGUACUUAAUCAAAUCUACAACAACAUGACAAUCAUACCGAUCUGCCAACGGGCUUCUGGAGGUAAAUCUGAUCACAUCAGCUCCAAGGCUAGCUUGAGAGUUGUGGCAUGAAUUUAAUUUAACAACUGUUCAGUGAGUUCAAGAGUGAAAAAGCAGUUUGGCAAAUUAGCCACAAGAAUGCAGGAAAACAAAUGUCUGUAGAGUUAAUCCAGAUUUAUUAAGUGAAGACUGGAGACAUUUGUAGGAAAAGAAAACUACAAUCAAUGGCGAGGGCAGGCGUCGUCGAUUUACAGAGUGAUCUUUCGGAAUUCAUCCUAAAACUCCAUCCACACUACUACGUUUUUGUUAUAAAACUCAGACCUUCUGCUACGUUUCCCCCUCCCGUCCAGUCAAAGUCUGAAAAUGCUGCAGAAGAUAUCCAGUAAAUAGUAGAAAAGGUCGAUCAUUGUUUCCCAAAUCCCUAGAUGACGUCCGUAAAUGUCUUUUUUUAUCCACAAACCCAAAGCGAUUCAGUUUACUGUCACAGAGGAAAGAAACCAGAAAAUAUUCACAUUUAAGCAGCAGGAAUCAGAUAAUUUUCACUUUUUUUUUUCUUAAAGAAUUACUCAAAUCAAUUAAUCGAUUAUCAGAAUGGUUGGCGAUUAAUUUAAUAGUUGACAACUAAUCGAUUAAUGAACAAGCUCUAACCAUCAGAGGCCUGUUAAACUUGUGAUGAGGUGAAUUACAGUCAAACUGGAGACUAAAUUUCAAUUUUGUAAGUUUUUAAAAUGUUUAAAACUACCAAUCUGAAAUUACCCUAUAUUUUAGCAAACCUAUAUGAUAAAAUGAGAUGUUUUCUAAACUGACGUUUAGUUUUUUGUGAGUUAACUCUGCAGUAACAGCGCCACCAUGAGCCUGCGGUCUGUAAGACUUUACUGAGGGCUAAAAAAACUUUUAAUACUUAUUCUGUUGUUUGUGCUAAGACUCACAUUGUAUUUUUUAUAUGAAACUGUAAAUAAUUACUUGAUAUGCAGAUGAUAUUCUCUGAUUUUUGAAUUGUGCUUAUGUUAGCCUGAGCUCUACCUGAUGAUUACUGUGAAGGUGUGUGCAGGUAAAGACCAAGUUCAUGUUGGUUGGGUUGUAGCUCCUGUAUUGUGCUUUUCAUGUAAACAUCUUUUUCUUUUUUUACAAUGAAGACUUGUUGAUUAGUUCCAGGCGCUGAUAUAAGUCAGUGUUUUCAUCAAAAACUAAAUAAAAAAACAACAACAAAAA